CCCCGCGGCGCGCGCGCAAAGAUGGCGACGCCCUAUGUGACGGACGAGACCGGCAGGUACAUCCCGUCCACGCAGCGUCCUGACGGGACCUGGCGGAAGCAGCGCCGUGUCAAGGAGGGCUACGUGCCCCAGGAGGAGGUGCCCGUCUACGAGAACAAAUACGUGAAAUUCUUCCGGAGCAAACCCGAACUGCCCCCAGGCUUAAACCCAGAGCCCAACCCUUCCUCAUCGGGCCGGCCCGAGGCCAGCGAGCCCUCGCCGGGGCUCUCCAAAACCGCCCGCAGGAACCUGAAACGCAAAGAGAAGAGGAAACAGCAGCAGGAGAAAGAUCGGGAAAACGACGGUGGGACAGCAACAACAACAACAACAACCGGGGAUAAAGGAGGUGAAAAAAGCUUGGAAAACGCCGGAGAUAAUCCCGGGAAUAACGAGGAGAGGAAUAACGAGAGGAACCGGAGGAUCAAGAGCCUGAGGAAGAAGCUGAGGCAGGUGGAGGAGCUGAGGCAGAGGAUGGAGGGAGGGGGGAUCCCCCAGCCCACCAAGGAGCAGCUGGAAAAGUUGGGAAGGAGGAAAGCGCUGGAGGAGGAACUCAGGGGGUUGGAGCUGGACUCGUAAUUUGGAGCAAAAGGGGGGGGGGGUGUUGGUUUUAUUUUAUUUUUGGGGGAUU